AUGAACGUCUUCGCACUUGCCUGUGCCUGUGCCUGCAGCCUUGCCGCGCUUCUGUCACUUGGGCUCUCCGUGUUGAGGUUUGCCAGACCGGGCAAGUAUUGGCGGUUCGACUCCGCGCGCACCACUUUCUGGGAAGAGCUGAGACCCAGCGCCAUCAAGAAGCCAGGUGCGGCUGAAUCGCCGCAUCUUCGAGCCACUCCAUCCGGCCUGCUGAAAAAGCAGAAGGACACAAAGGGGACGACUCGCCAGAAAACCUGGACAGUCAAGGAUGCGGAGUACAACAACGACGUUGGCCAGAUCAGCCGAACAAACAGAGUUAUAUUUGUGCACGUGCCCAAAACUGGCGGGAGCACAAUCGAGCAGUCGACACUGUUCACCGAUGCCAGGAAGCAUCAUGCCGUCGGUAGUCACAAUAAAGCCGCGAGGCUGAGGGACCUUGCCCCCCGCUUUCGCAGCUUUUCCAUGGUGCGACAUCCUUGCGAGCGGUUCGUGUCUGCCUUUACCUACUCGCGAAAUUAUGCAAAUCCCUCAGAGAGACGGUGGCACCGGCAGCAUGUCGGCGACAGGAAUCUCACCAGCUACGUGGCUUCGAAGGACUUCGGUGGUGACCGGUUCUGGAGAUUUCUUCAUUUUCAGCCCCAGUAUUCGUUUCUCUUCUUUGCCAACAAGACGUUUGGGGUGGAUCUCCUUCUAUGUCAGGACAACUGGACAAGAAGCAUGGAGAGGUUGGGCGAGUACUUGAAGCCCGUACAGCUCCCUGCUGACAUGAAGCGGAAGCACACUCGCAAUACGACGCACGCAACGUGCUCCGACCUGCCCCAGAAGACACGUCAGAGAAUCGAGAAAGCCUACGCAAUGGACAUGUGCCUGUUUUAUCCAACUGAUGCU